AUGGCGUUGUAUCUGGAUGAAGAAGAGAUAUGGAAAUGUCUAAAACACCCUUCGAAACGAAGGAAGAUUGGAAUUUGUCCAAUCUGCCUCCGUGAACGGCUCGCAUCUCUCUGUCCUGACUGCGCUAAAGUGCGCCCGUGUUCUUGUUACGCUUCAACUUCUUCUUCGUCUUCGUCGGCAUCUUCAUCGUUCUCUCGAUUUUCUACCACCGGUGACUGUGUCGGUGUGGUUGGUAAAGUUCACAAUCUCAUCGACCGUGAGUCUUCGCUACGUAGGUCACGCUCGAUGGCUAUACCGUUUCUCCGGUCGAGAUCGAGAUUCUCCGGCGGGAUUAAAGAGAUGGAUCAUGAUAACAGGGAUUCGCCGGUGAUCAAUGGAAGCAGUUCGGCGAGGUCGUUUUGGUCAAUGUUUAAGACGAAUAGGAGUAACAGAGGAAGCGUAUCGGAGCGAGAUUGGGAGGCGAAGAAGGUAUUGACGGCGGAAUGUGAGAACGAUGUGAGUCGAACAGCGGUGAUGGCUAGGUCAAGGUCUGUGGCGGUUUCGUCGGUUUCCGGUGAGGGAGAAUUGAAGCCUCGCUCGAAGGGAAAGGGAUGGUCGUUUCCGAGUCCGAUGAAGGUUUUCCGGCAGUCGAAGGCUUCUAAAGUUGUUCAGGAACGUUCUCCUUUGUAUAGAGGUUGA